CACACCGAAUGGGGGAGCUUGUACUGUGAUGGUGGAGACUGCACUAACCUAACUGGGGGAGCUGCUACUGCCGCGGUGUUCUUCAAAUUGAAUACGAAACCUAAGUGUUGUGACCGGAAUUAGUUCGUGGGAGUCGUUGUUCUCGCGUCCGUCGCUGUCAUUGUUGCAGCAUUGGUCCAUGGUUGGUUGUCGUAGCCGGUGAACGUUGCAAUACCUUGAGCGUUUCUUCACUUGCAAGAAUGAGGACGUGUUUCUGAGUGUCGAGUCAAAUCUCUGAGAGCAUUGACUUUUUUCUCAUAUAAGGUCGUGUCGUUCUAAGGUUCCAAGAGCUCUCUCAUUCAGUCUUGGCAAAGGAAAGGAGUGAAAACAUUCGUUUUCGCUGUACGGAGUGUUGUGCUAGAUUUCCUGCUGUUGACACUGACCUUGAAAUUUGUGGCAAGGCAUUGACCACUGAAGGAAGAACACUUCCCAGGUCUUUUAAACUAUUUACUGGACAUGGGUGAUGUUCCUUCCAAUCGUGCUUGGGUGUAUGAUCGUAAUUAUAGUGGUAGAAGAGGUUUGAAGGAGUCUUUUGUAAAAGGAGUUGAAGAGUUUAUCCAAAUAGCUCGACAAUACAAAUAUUAUGAACCUGAUGGAGGGAUUAGAUGUCCAUGCAUAAAAUGCGACUUAACAAAGAUUUUAAAAGAUGAGGUUGUUAAAGUCCACCUUUAUAAACAUGGGUUCAAACCAAAUUACUGGAUUUGGAUAGAUCACGGUGAAGAAAUGCCACGUGUUGAUUUACAUGAAGAUGAUAAUUGCAGUCGGGUUGAGGGUGUUGAUAGAAAAAGGAAAGAAAGACCUUACGAGAUUAAACAACUUGCUGCAAAUUAUACAUGUGGAAAUGUUGUUGAUAGAAAAAGGAAAGUAAAACCUUACGUGAUUAAACAACUUGCUGCAAAUUAUACAUGUGCAAAUGAUAGCCUCAAGCAACAACGACUGACUUCCUCUUGCAAUAAUGAGGACCUUACCCAACUUAGACAACAAAAUUUGGCACUUAAGAAGGAAAAUGAGCAAUUGAAGCAGCAACAACUGACUUCCUCUUGCAAUUAUGAGGACCUUACCCAACUUAGACAACAAAUUUUGGCACUUAAGAAGGAAAAUGAGCAAUUGAAGCAACAACAACUGACUUUCUCUUGCAAUUAUGAGGACCUUACCCAACUUAGACAACAAAUUUUAGCACUUAAGAAGGAAAAUGAGCAAUUGAAGCAACAACCACUGACUUCCUCUUGCAAUUGUGAGUACCUUACCCAACUUAGACAAGAAAUUUUAGCACUUAAGAAGGAAAAUGAGCAAUUGACUCGUGAGUUUCAAUCCCUUCGAUCACUAGUUAUGCAAUUCGUCCCUCCUGAUGCCCGACUUCUCCUUCAGCAGCAACAAUCCAAUACCAACCUGCAAAAUCCAGAAAUCCAUCAAGAGGCACACUCUAAACAACAACAAAAUGAUUAGAAGGAUGAAGAUCCCGAUCAGGCACAAUCCUCUUAUGCACAUUAUUAGAGUAUUUGAUAUGUAAAACUUUGUUGUCAUAACUUUGAACUUAAACCUUCUAAACUGAUGUUUGUUUGUUUUUUUUAUAUAUAUUUUGGGAUAAUGUGGAUUUCAUACAUUUAAACA